AUGGAGUAUUCAGAUGUAUUCAGUUUUCUCUUCAUUGCUCUAAGCUACAAUGAGACGAUUAUAGGAAAGAUUUGGUUUGCAAUUGUGAUCUUCCUGAGAUUUAUGGUGAUAUUUUUAGCAGCCUAUCCUCUUUAUCAAGAUGAGCAAGAACGCUUCGUCUGCAACACACUGCAACCAGGAUGCUCCAAUGUAUGUUAUGACCUCUUUGCUCCAGUAUCUCACUUUCGGUUUUGGCUGAUUCAAAGUGUGUCUGCCCUCCUUCCUUACGUUGUUUUUGGUGUCUGUGUAGUACACAGUGUGGUCAGACACAUUGUAAAGGCCUCUUCCUCCCCUUAUUCUCAGUACAAAGAAAUUAAGACUUUAUCCGACUGCAAAAUUACAAAGAACUUCAAAAGUCCAGCAAAAAAGGGAAAAAUUGGCAGGAGAAAUGAGGUGGCUGCCUUGGAUUUUUCCAGGGCUUAUAUAGUUCAUCUUAUUAUGAGAAUAUUGAUAGAGGCUGGCUUUGGAACUGGUCAUUACUAUCUCUUUGGGUUUUUUGUUCCGAAGCGUUUCUCCUGUGACCACUUUCCUUGCACGAGUUUUGUUGAUUGCUACAUUUCCAGACCAACUGAAAAAACCAUCAUGAUGCUUUUCAUUUGGGCACUUGGUGGCUUCUCCUUUCUUCUUGGUCUUCUUGACCUAAUCUUUGCUUUGCGGACCAAUGGGGUAAGAAAUCAUAGAAAUAAGCUUCUGUUGCAAAAGUUCAAAGUGGAAGAGGAAGGCAGCCCUGACCUGCAGCAAGAUAACAAUCCAGGCAAUGUUCAUCAUGGAAGCAUGACCAUCCCUGAUAGUGGUGUAAAAUGCUUGCUUGCUUGUAAGGCUACAGAAGACUGUUCUUUUUCACCUACAAUGACUCUUCAGCAGACAAUUGGCACUCAUCUCAAUAAUAACCAUAAUAAGCUAUGUAAUGAAUCUGCCAAUCAAGAUCUGGUUUUUAAUGAAGCUAAACAGUGGGAGAAGCCAUCUGAGCAAUCAAGACAUGAGCACCAGUCCUGCUUUGUCAAAGAACCCUUGGCUUUUGAAUCCCAAGAGGUGUGCCAUCACAGUUUUCAUUCAUUUGCAAGUUAUGACAAGCCCUCAGUUCAUUAUUCUACUCUGGAGAGAAAGACCUCUGAUACUCUGUCUGUCUGUGAUAGUUCUGUAUACUCAAAAUCCAAAAAAUCAGAAUGGGUAUAG